GGGGGGAAGCGGAGCAGCUCAGGUGGCUUUGCUGCCUCCUCCACCACCAAGCCUCGGCAGCUGGCUCUCCGCCUUGCAUUGGGAGUAGGAGCGUCCAGGUAAAGGGGGUGCACGAAGGUUCUUGGUGCAAUGCCCCUGGCUCAUUGCAAGGCGCAGAUUGUACCAUCUGCUCUGGCUCCCCUCCUCAUGCACUGCGGCGAAUGCUGUGCCCGUGCACGGCAAUAGCAGCUAGAUAAUAACAAUAUUAUUACAUCCUGGGAACCACUAUAUUAUUUGACACAUCUUUUAAAAAAAGACCAUCCCACCAUGUCGGUUGCCUUUGCUUCUGCUCGCCCAAGAGGCAAAGGAGAGGUCACCCAGCAAACUAUCCAGAAGAUGUUGGAUGAAAACCAUCAUCUAAUACAGUGUAUUAUGGACUAUCAAAGCAAGGGCAAAACAGCAGAAUGUACUCAAUAUCAACAAAUUUUGCACAGAAACUUGGUCUACUUGGCAACAAUAGCAGACUCGAACCAGAAUAUGCAGUCCUUGCUUCCUGCUCCACCGACGCAAAACAUGAACCUCGGUCCAGGAGGAAUGAAUCAGAGCGCAUCCAACCAGUCUCUUCAUGCACAGAGCAACCUCAGUGAUGCAAUCGGGACAGGCCUUCCGCCUCCCUCCCUCAUGCAGAGUCAGAUCAGCAAUGGUCCCAAUCACGUGUCUAUGCAACAGUCAGGCCAGAAUACCAUGCCCACGACUUCCCUGAGCAUGACUGUCAGUAGCCACGGAACCGGAACCGGCUAUAGCCAUACAGUGCCUGCGUCUCAGAAUGUACCAAUGCAAGGCCAGGGAUCAAUAGGCAACUAUGUCUCGCGAACAAAUAUCAACAUGCAGUCCAAUCCUGUGUCCAUGAUGCACCAGCAAGCGGCAACGUCACAUUACAACUCUGCGCAAGCAGGGAGCCAACACUACCAAGGGCAGUCUUCCAUUGCCAUGAUGAGUCAGAGUAACCAAGGCAACAGCAUGAUGGGCCAACGGCCAAUGGGCCCUUACCGACCUUCACAGCAAGGUUCCUCUCAGCAGUACAUGGGCCAGGAGGAAUACUACAGUGAACAAUACAGUCAUGGACAAGGUUCAUCAGAGCCCAUGAACCAGCAAUAUUAUCCCGAUGGUCACGGUGAUUAUGCGUACCAGCAGUCAUCUUAUUCUGAACAAAGCUAUGACAGAUCAUUUGAAGAUUCUACACAGCACUACUAUGAAGGAGGGAAUUCCCAGUACAGCCAGCAGCAGGCGGGAUACCAACAGGGAACUGUACAACAGCAAACGUAUUCACAGCAGCAAUACCCAAAUCAACAGAGCUAUCCAGGACAGCAGCAGGCAUAUGGUCCAGCCCAAGGAGCCUCAUCACAGUACUCCAGUUACCAACAGGGUCAGGGGCAACAGUAUGGAAGCUACAGAGCUUCACAGACAGGACCAUCUGCACAGCAACAGAGGCCUUAUGGCUAUGAGCAGAGCCAGUAUGGAAACUAUCAGCAAUAAAAGGACAAGCACCUGUGUCAGAUUUGUUUCAAUAUUUAUGUCCGUCUUUUGAACUUGGAUGUACGGGCAGUUUUUGAUUAAUCGUAAUAUGUUGGUUAACCCCCUUAGCACAAAGGAGCAUUUGUCUGUGAAAUAGUAUUCAUUUCAUGCUGGAUAUGAAGCAGUGCACUACUGGUAACAAGGCAAUGCUUUAAUGGUUUGGUAUGUUUUGGUGCUGUGUAUAAUACUGUAUGUUGAUACAAUGCAGAGGUUCUUCCUUCUCCUGCCCCCACCCUCACUUGAUGUCUAGCUUUAGAGGUUACUUGAACAUCAGUAUCCACAUCACCCCCAGCUAUUUUUCUUCGUCGUCAUCUACAAGGCUACAAUAUUCUGUAAUACAUCAAACACAUAUAAUUAAGAUUUUCGUGCUCUGCUCAUGUAACUGCUCUUAGCAUUGUUUUCAAGGUGAAACAGCCUGGAUGUGCUGCAGAUUAUUUUGUAUCUACUAGCCUCUGAAAUCAAUAGAUCCUAAUAUGAUGGUA